CUUCUGGGUAUCUCACUUUCAAGGGGGAAGAAGGGCAAAAGGAAAUGAGGGUGUUGGUUUUAAGAACAGCAGCACCAUGGCAACCCCAGGAGGAAAUAGGAAGGUAAUUAGCGUGGGUGUGGCAGCUCCCUGUACCCCGGGAGCAGGCUUAGGUAGCAGGACUGACGGAGCCCAAGUGCCUUUACCUAGCUGGGGUUUAGGAGUCAAUGAAGUUUAGAAAGAAUAAUAGCAUAACCGUAGACGCAGGGCAAGGUUUCUUGGAUCAGCUCCAAGGACAUGCUCCACGUCCCAGAAAACUGAGAUCUUCUCUGCUUUUGUCCCUACGGCAGCUAACAAAAUUGACUAUAAUUACAUGAAUGGGAAGAACACUGGCAAUGAGCCACAAAGCCUAGGUUAAAGCCCUUCCUGAUCCACUAGCUGUGUGACUUUGGAAAAAUCGUUCAGCCUCUCUGAACCUCGGGUUUGUCAUCAGCAGGACUGAGCCACUAGGCUACUUGGCUCCCAUCAUAAAAUCCCAAACACUUUUUGGUCCUGACUCCAAGGGAUUGCACCAAAUUCUGGGAUGCGUACGGGAGAAGGGUGCCACUGCCCACCUGGAUCGACCCAAGUAGACAGGGGGAGGAUGGAGUGUACGCGUGCGCAAGCGGGAAGCCCAGAAAGGAGGAAGGGGGGAAUGGGCAGGCAGCCCGAGGCCUCCUUUGUAUGUGCACAAUAUCGGCAACUUCUAGGCCUCCGAGGCGACAGAGGGCGGAGUGGAGAAUUCCCUUCCCCGGCCCCGCCUCCUCUGGUGGCGGUUGGAAUUUGAAUUCUGGCUGGCCCCGGUACCUGUGCUAUUGGGCGUGGUGAGCUCGCGACUUAAGUCGGUGCGUGCAGGGAGCGGGGAGGUAGGGUCUCUUUCCACGGGUGACCAAGUGCCCCCUCUCCGGGGGUACGGGGAAGGUUAUUGUUUCCAUCCUGGUUCGCUCCAGCUCAGCCCUGCCCCCCAUGUCGAGCCCGGGUCCCCGGUGCCCGGUGCGUGAGCAGCGGGCCCGCUGGGAAAGGAAGCGAAACCGCACUGCACUGGAGCUACUGGAGACUGAGCAGCGCUACCAGGAGCAGCUGGGGCUGGUGGUGCAGUACUUUUUGUGCAUUUUGAGAGCUAAAGGGACCCUGCCACCAGCUGAGCUUAAGGCUUUGUUUGGACCCUGGGAAUCCAUCCAUAUUGCCAGCCAAGAGCUGCUCCUGCAUCUGGAAGCUGGAAAUUGGGGAGUAGGCCUAGAAAGAUUUUGUCACCACUUGGAACUCUACACCUGCUACGCUGCCAAUGAGGAGCGGUCCAGGGCCACCCUCAAGAGAUGGCUAAAGAAGAAGAAUUUCAGAAAGUUUGUACAGCUCCAGGAGGGGCGCCCUGAAUUUAUGGGCCUUCGGCUAGUGGACAUACUUCCUUUACCACUGCGACGUCUCCAACAAUGUGAAAACCUGGUUGUAGCUUUGACUGAAAAUACAGGUCCUGACAGCCCUGACUAUCAACAGCUCACAAGAGCUGCUCAGAAGUUGAGUGAGGCCAUCCAGCAGGUUAGUGCUAUCGGUCAAGAACAGGAGAACCGCCGGCAGCUCCAUCGUAUUCAAGCUUUACUCAGUGGCCGCAGGGCUAAAGGUCUGACCAAAGGGCGCUGGUUCCUUCGGCAAGGCUGGCUGCUGGUGGUCCCACCUAAGGGGGAGCCAAAACCUCGCCUGUUCUUCCUCUUCUCUGAUGCACUUUUGAUGACCAAGCCCCGGUCUGUCUUACAUAUCCUGCAUGGAGAGACCUUUGCUUGCCAGGCCCUUUACCCCAUGGCCCAGUGUGAGCUCCAAAGGAUCUUUGGUCAUUCAGGGGGGUCAGGAGGUGGCCUGCUCAGUCUUUCUUUUCCCCAUGAAAAGUUGCUGCUCAUGUCCACGGACCAAGAGGCACUAUCCCGUUGGUACCACAGUCUGACAGCAGCCAUCAGCCACACAAGAUAGAAGAGCACCUGACAGCUGUUUCCAGUUAGAUAUGGGAGUCUGACUGCUCUGAUGCCUCAGCGUCCCGAGGACACAUGUGGCUGGCCACUAUCUGGUGGUAAAGAAGAGGGUGAUGUGUGUAUGAUAUGGGUAUUUAUGUUUGAGCACAUUUAUGUUUGGGAUAAUCAAAUGUAUACGAAAAUGGAAUAAAUUUAUUUUUUACUAAAA